ACAGUACACCCGUCACGGUAGUUUAACACUUCUCUAACCUACUCAAGAGAUUAAAGUUGUACACAAGCCUAUGUCACUAAAGUUUACUCAGCUGCAAAAAAUAUUACUUGGUGAUGCAAGCGCGUAUGUAUCCUAAAGAAGGAUUUCACCGUUCAAACAACUUUUAACGUAAGACAUUUAUCGGGAUAUCAAGAUGACAGACGGGCACGGGUCAACAAUAAAAAGUCGGAUAAAGAACAUGCUGCGGAAGAAUCGGAAAGAAAACCUUGCGGACAAGGUGACUUUGGAGAGGGUCCUGGGAAUCAAAGCCUCUAGCAACAGUGGUCUGGCCUGUGACCCCCACUCUGGUCUUGUGGCCUAUCCUGCUGGCUGUGUGGUGGUUCUGCUGAACCCCAAGAAGAACAGACAGCACCACAUCCUCAAUACAUCCAGGAAAACUAUCACAGCUCUGUCCUUCUCUCCAGAUGGCAAAUGCUUGGUCACAGGAGAGUCGGGUCACCUGCCGGCGGUGCGUGUUUGGGAGGUCUGUGAGCGUCGGCAGCUGGCAGAGCUGCAGGAACAUAAGUAUGGCGUGUCCUGUGUGGCCUUCUCUCCCAACAGUAAAUAUAUCGUCAGCGUGGGCUACCAGCACGACAUGAUGGUCCACGUCUGGGCAUGGAAGAAGAACACAGUAAUUGCUGCUAACAAGGUGUCCAGUAAGGUGACAGCAGUGUCCUUCUCUGAGGACAGCUCCUACUUUGUGACAGCAGGGAACAGACACGUCAAGUUCUGGUACCUGGACCACUCCAAAUCUAUCAAGGCCAGUACUCCUGUCCCUCUGCUGGGGCGCUCUGGGCUCUUGGGGGAGCUGAGGAACAACUUAUUUUGUGACGUGGCUUGUGGGCGUGGCUCUAAGGCCGAAAGCACCUUCUGUAUCACCUCCUCCGGCCUGCUCUGUGAAUUCAACACCAAGAGGAUGCUGGACAAGUGGGUGGACCUACGGACCAGUGUGGCCAGGUCUCUGUGUGUAUCAGAGGAGCUGAUCUUCUGUGGCUGUGCUAAUGGGAUGGUGCGAGCCUUCAGCCCUGCUGACCUGGGGUUCAUCUGUACCCUGCCAAGACCACACCACCUUGGCACUGACGUGUCCAGCUUCACACAGGCCAGCCACCUGUUCACAAACAAGAUGGCCGCCCACUACCCUGACUCUGUGGCGGUGACCUAUGACCCGGUCAGUCAUUGGUUGAGCUGUGUGUAUAACGACCACAGCCUGUAUGUGUGGGACGUCAGGGACCUCCACAGGGUAGGCAAGGUGCACUCUGCCCUCUACCACGCCGCCUGUGUCUGGGACCUACAGAUGGUCCCAGAGGCCCCAGAGUCUGGUCUGUCUUCUGGAGAGUUCCUCAGCUGUUCAGCAGACAACACUGUCAGACUGUGGACUACAGAGAGGCAGGGACACACUCAUACACAGAAUGUUCUCAGUAAGGACCUGUUGAAGGUGAUCUAUAUGGAUGGAAACACCGCCACCCUGGUGGAAACAGAGGGAAGUGUGUCAGUUAGCACAGAGAAGACAGACGGACAGACAGCAGAGACCAGGACAGGCAUUAGGACCAUCUGUGUCAGCCCCGAUGGGAAACACCUGGCGUCUGGAGACCGCAACGGGAUGCUGAGGGUUCAUGACCUCAGCAGUAUGGCAGAGAUUCAGAAGGUGGAAGCCCAUGACUCAGAGAUCCUGUGUCUGGAAUACUCUAAACCAGAGACAGGUCUGAAGCUGUUAGCCACCGCUAGCCGCGACCGUCUGAUCCACGUCCUGGAUGCUGAGAAAGACUACGGCCUAGUCCAGACCCUGGACGAACACUCUUCAUCCAUCACCGCCGUCCGAUUCGCUGCCAAUGACAACACGGUGAGGAUGAUCAGCUGUGGAGCAGACAAGAGCAUCUACUUCCGUACGGCUCACAGGACAGACGGAGGUACAGAGUUCAGGCGUACUCACCAUGUGGUGAGAAAGACCACUCUGUAUGACAUGGAUGUAGAGCCCAGCUGUAAGUAUGCUGCUGUGGGCUGCCAGGACCGAUGCAUCAGGAUCUUCAACAUCAGCAGUGGGAAACAGAAGAAACUCUACAAGGGUUCACAGACUGAGGAUGGCAGCCUGCUUAAGGUGCAGACUGAUCCGUCUGGUCAGUACGUUGCCACCAGCUGCUCUGAUAAGAACAUCAGCAUAUUUGACUUCCGCUCUGGAGUGUGUGUGGCCACCAUGUUCGGACACUCUGAGAUAGUGACUGGGAUGAAGUUCACCAACGACUGUAAACAUCUCAUCUCUGUGUCUGGGGACAGCUGUAUCUUUGUAUGGCGUCUGGCUCCAGAGCUGACCAUGAGUAUGAGAGAACGUCUCAGACGAACCCCCCUAACACCACCUUGCAACACCUCCACACUCAGGCGUGAGGUGUACAGUGCACCGGAUCUUGGUCUGAUGUCAUCAGAGAGUGACCGUGAGGUGGAGGAGCCAGAGGAGAGGGACGAUCCCUGUGACCUGGAACAGAUCACAGGAAACAGUAACACCUCCUCAGGGAGUAGCCAUGACGAUGACGCAGGUGCCUCAGAUGAAGGACAGGACUGGGAAUCUAAGAAGGCCCUAGACAGCCCUCUGGCCCCUGAGCCCUCCAGUCGGCCCCGGCGUCGCUGGUCCUGUCGUAUGGGCUCUCUGGAACUCAUGGUCAAGUCUAUGCUGGACCUGAGACAGCUAGAGGCCUUCUCCAUCACCGGCUCCUCUCACAAGAAAGGCCCUGCCUCCCGGCUCAAAGCGAGAGACGCAGGGAGCACCUCCAGCCUGCAGGGGACCUCGCUGGACUUGGAGGAGCGGGUUAAGAGACGUCAACCUCAACCCCACUAUGCUGCCUGGCUGACCCCUAACGCCAACCCUAACCCUGAGUCUGACCUGGGCUCCCAGGGGUCUGAUGGACGUGUGCUGUACCCCGAGGGGAGCGAUUACGCUGCCAGCCGACGGGGCAGUGAUUACCUGAUGAAGGAGUCGCCCCGCGGCCUGGGUAGGGGGAACCGUGAGCCGGAGAGCCAGGACAGCCAGAGCCCAGACAGUGCCUGUUCUGUGGGCUACGGGAGUAGAGAGCUUACUCCUGACCCGGAUCAUGGAGACUCUGAGGGCACAGCAGAGCCUCUAAGCUCAGACGAGGACAGUUCUGACCUGGAGGACGAAGAGGAUGAGGAGGAGGAGGAGAGGAAGAUGGAAAGUUCUAGUAUGGAUGAGGCGAUGAGGAAGGUCUCUGACCCACUAGAGGACAGUCACCAUGAGGCCUUCCUCAGACAGCACUUUGAAACACUGGCUGAGCCCAGCAAUAUGGAAGAGCGCAGUAGAGCUCCCAGCAUCAGUAUGUCAGCACGAUUCCUGGCCAGAGGCUCCAACAACAGGAGAAUCCCUCUGUUUUCCAAAGCUCAUGAGAGGGAGCAGGGGCCCUUGGUGUCCAAGGUGAGGCCCCUGAUGGAGGAGAGCCAGGGAAAGGGCCACGAAGACAGGGAGAGGCCCAUGACCCCUGGGAGAGGGCAGGAGGGGACAAAGCUGGAGGUGUGUGCUCCAGAGAGGGGCACCGUGCUGCGUUCCCACCCCCAGAAGAAGAGGCCUCUUGGGGCUCAUCUGUGGAGGAUGUCAAGCCCCCUGGCCAGAGCUCCAGCCCUGCUGGACAGAGCAGCUGGACUACAGAAGUCCCAGUCUGUACAGAACCUGGCGACAGAGGUCUCGCCCAAUCCCAGCUUGGCGUUGCCCCUGAGCGUCCAGCCCUCCCGCAUUCCCCUGCCCAUCAAACAGCCACUCAGCCCUCGGUGCAGCCUCUGCCCGGAGACCAAACCUCAACCUGAUUGGUCUGUUUCCUCUACAGGAGACCUUGCCCUCAGGAAACAACACCAAACCUUCAGCAAACGCCUCUCCCUGACUACGGCCCAGAUGCAAGGGCUUCUGGGUAACGUCCAGCUGCUGUCCAUCUCACCUACCUCACUUCCUGUAAAGCAGGAAGGAACCGUGAACUCAGAGAGUGCUCCAGAUUUGGAGGAGGCGGUGUGUAGAGAGCCCCUUCUAGUGUCUGUCCAGGCCAACACCUUGACCUCCGACCCCCAGCCAGAGCCCCCUGUCACUGUGGAAACCUGUAGACAGGCUAUAACAGAGCUGCACAACAGUGUGAGGAGAGCCACCCAGCUCUAUACUACGGUGCUGAGCUGUGGGUCAGAGCUCAAUGCAGAGCAGCAGGAGAUGGAGACGGUUCUGGCUGAUGCUCUGGGAACACUGAAGACUGAACUAGACUCCCUACCUCACCCUGUACAUAGAAGCGAAGGGCUCAGGGGGGAGGUAGGGGUCAAAGGUGAGGGGGACAGGACAUUGGCUCUCCUGCGGCAGUAUUCUGAGCUCAUAUUAAAGUCAGUGGAGAAGAGACUGGACAACAAGAUCUAAAAAGGAUACAUACACAGAAGACGCAUACAACCAGACAUGCAUAUGAAUGAAAUGCAUAUUACACAUAUUAAAAUACACACAGACAGGAAGCGCACAAUAAUCAACAAAUCGUAACUAUGAGAACCAGACACUUCCUCAUAGAAAAGUUAAUACAAUUGCAAAAAAUUAAUAAAUAGAGUGAAGACGGACAAAUUAAUUAAGAAUUAAUUACAUUUAAGAUUCUCGUGUGCUUUUUUAAAUUUCUCCUGUGUAUUUCUUUUAUAUGACUCAGUAUUACUGCAAUGUUGAGGAAGAGCUUGUAAGCAAUCGUUUCACUGAACUUUUUACACCUGCUUUAUCCUGUGCACUUGACAAAUAAACUCUGAUUUGAUUUUGAUUUGAUUUUGAAUGGAUGGAGGGAGUAAUGAAGGUAGGAAAAAUGAAUGAAUGCUGGGACUGCACUGUGGGCAAAUGUGAUGUACUAUCCACUGUUGAAGAAAAUGGAGUGACAAUAAAUCCUUUAUGCCUGUUUUAUCCUUUUAACUGUGAAUUCUCCAAAUGUUUUUUAGCUUGCACAGCAAGGGUAGACAUGUUUACAUUCACUGUAAUUGUGCGAUGGUACUGUGACUUUUCUCAAUGAUCGUACUGUUUGUCUUACUCUGCAUGUUUUGGAAUCUAUGCUUAAUGUCUCUAUUUCCCCUGAUUUUACUGAGAGUGUUAUGUGUGGAUGUGAUUUGUUUGUGUGCAUUGAGUUGACUGUCAAGCCUGUCUUGAUAUUGCAGUUGUGUGAGAGGUCGGAUUCAAUAAAGUAUU